AUGAGGCAGCCCAGGCCCCGCUACGUGGUAGACAGAGCGGCGUACUCACUCACCCUCUUCGAUGACGAGUUUGAGAAAAAGGACCGGCCGUACCCAGUGGGAGAAAAACUUCGCAGUGCCUUCAGAUGUUCCUCAGCCAAGAUCAAAACCGCUGUGUUUGGGCUGCUUCCUGUGCUCUCUUGGCUCCCCAAGUACAAGAUCAAAGACUACAUCAUCCCUGACUUACUGGGUGGACUCAGCGGGGGAUCUAUCCAGGUCCCACAAGGCAUGGCGUUUGCUCUGUUGGCCAACCUUCCCGCAGUGAAUGGACUGUACUCCUCUUUCUUCCCCCUGUUGACCUACUUCUUCCUGGGGGGUAUACACCAGAUGGUACCAGGUACCUUUGCCGUUAUCAGCAUCCUGGUGGGUAACAUCUGUCUGCAGCUGGCCCCAGAAUCGAAAUUCCGGGUCUUCAACAACGUCACCAACAAAAGCUACGUGGACACGGCGGCCAUGGAGACAGAAAGGUUGCACGUGUCGGCCACCCUAGCCUGCCUGACUGCCAUCAUCCAGAUGGGCCUGGGCUUCGUGCAGUUUGGCUUUGUGGCCAUCUACCUCUCUGAGUCCUUCAUCCGGGGUUUCAUGACGGCCGCCGGCCUGCAGAUCCUGAUCUCAGUGCUCAAGUACAUCUUUGGACUGACCAUCCCCUCCUACACUGGCCCCGGGGCCAUCGUCUUUACCUUCGUUGAUAUUUGCAAACACCUCCCCCAAACCAACGUGGCCUCGCUCACCUUCGCCAUCCUCAGCGGCAUCUUCCUGGUCCUGGUGAAGGAGCUCAAUGCUCGCUACAUGCACAGAAUCCGCCUCCCCAUCCCCACCGAGAUGAUUGUGGUGGUAGUGGCGACGGCUGUCUCUGGAGGCUGUAAGAUGCCCAAGAAGUACCACAUGCAGAUCGUGGGAGACAUCCAACGUGGGUUCCCCACUCCCGUGUCACCCGUGGUUUCUCAGUGGAAGGACAUGAUUGGCACAGCCUUCUCCCUUGCCAUCGUGGGCUACGUCAUCAACCUGGCUGUGGGCCGGACCCUGGCCAGCAAACAUGGCUAUGACGUGGAUUCUAACCAGGAAAUGAUCGCCCUGGGCUGUAGCAACUUCUUCGGCUCCUUCUUUAAGAUCCAUGUCAUCUGCUGUGCUCUUUCGGUCACGCUGGCUGUCGAUGGAGCUGGAGGGAAAUCCCAGGUGGCCAGUCUGUGCGUGUCGCUAGUAGUGAUGAUCACCAUGCUGGUCCUGGGGUCCUACCUGUACCCUCUCCCCAAGUGCGUCUGGGUGGUGAGCUUCCUGGCCUCCUUCUUCCUGAGCCUGCCCUACGGCGUGGCAGUCGGCGUGGCCUUCUCCGUGCUGGUUGUGAUCUUCCAGACCCAGUUUCGAAAUGGCUACACCCUGGCCCAGGUCAUGGAGACGGACCUCUAUGUGAACCCUAAGACCUACAAUAGGGUCCAGGAAAUUGCGGGGGUUAAGAUCGUCACUUACUGCUCCCCUCUCUACUUUGCCAACUCAGAGAUCUUCAGGCAGAAAGUCAUUGCCAAGACAGGUGUGGACCCCCAGAAAGUAUUACUGGCCAAGCAAAAAUACCUCAAGAAGCAGGCGAUAGGGAGAAAGAUGCCCAAGCAACAGAGAAAAUCGCUGUUCAUGAAAAACAAGCUCCACCUCCCCCAGCACCCUGGGAGGCAAAGACAGGACAUCUCUGUGGCCACUGCCUGGUGGCCACCGGACAUUCUUCAUGGAACAUUCCUGUCGUUUUGUCUCUCUGCCCCACCUCCCUCUCCAACUCUCCAGCUGAGCUCCACCUUCGGGAAGAUCGGUGUCAAGGUCUUCCUGGUGAACAUUCACGCCCAGGUGUACAAUGACAUUAGCCACGGAGGCAUCUUCGAAGAUGGGUGUCUGGAGCGCAGCCAUGUCUUCCCCAGCAUCCAUGAUGCGGUCCUCUUUGCCCAAGCAAAUGCCAGACAGGUGGCCCCAGGAUCCAGCUUCCCAGGGAUCCCAGUGGCCCCUGAGCUCUCCUUGUACGAUGAGGAGGAGGACCAGCCCAGCUACUGGGACUUGGAACAGGAAAUGUUCGGGAGCAUGUUCCACGCAGAGACCCUGACCGCCCUGUGAGGGCCCAGCCAGCUCCCUUGCUACCUCCAAGUACUCCCCCUGGAGGGGUCUCUGCGAAGAAUGAGCCCAGGACCACAGGGCGGGCCGGUAGAGGAGAGCCCAUCCACCAGGACGCUGGCUCCUCCCCACCCUCCUCCUCCUGCUCUCUCCUUCCCCUGCCUCCCUCCUGGCAUCUCUAGAAAGAGGCAGUCUCAGCAGCGCAAAGAGCCCACUGACCACAGAGAGGGCCCCGGAACCUCUCCGACCUACGUCUGGCCCUCGGGGCCCUGGCAGGCAAGGAGCAAGCCUCCUGCUCACUCCACGCCACCCCCAGGGCCUGGCCAUGGCGGAGCACCAGGACCAGACAUCGUGGAUUUAGAAUGAGCCUGAGGACACAUGCAAAAGUCUGACCAUGCUGACUUGGAGCAUCAGCCUUGAAAGUGUCCUUGGGCCCGUGUGGCUGGGUGAUGGACAGUGUCGAGCGGCCACAGGACACAGGAAUGGGGGCUGCAGCCAGGGGGCUUGCGCCUACCAGGAACUGAGCUUGGUCAGUGCUCAGUGACGUUCUCUCUCCAGCUGCAGCCAACCGUGUCCCUGACAGGUCUUCACCCCUGGAGCCAUGUGCUCCCCACAGUUCCAGAGCCCCUGUCCCCUUCCUCUUUGCCCCAAGACUGCCAGACCGCCACUGCUCCGCAGCACGUCAGACUCUAGCCUGGGGAGGGGCUGGGGUCCUCAAGACCACUAAAGCUAUGUCCCCAGGGCAGCCUCCCCUGAGGCAGCUGCUCUGGCCUCCUGACCCAUUGUCAGUCCCCUGCCCUUGGGGACAACACCCUUCCCCUGGAGGCUGGGUACAAACCCCAAAAAGCCAGGGAGGUCUGCCACUCGUCGAGCCCCCUGGCAACUUGCCAAGAGAUACCAGUGGUUUGGCACCAAGGCUCUCAGAAAUCCUUCUUUGUCCCUGAGACUUGUCAGGAAGGAGGUGCUCGUGCCAACCCAGGCCAAACGGGUGGGAGCCGAGUCCUGACAGUUCCUUUGACAUCAGGACGCAUCAGGGAAACGUCUCCCUCCCCUUGGAAAACCUGCCUUCAACCUCACUUGGCAAAGAUUCCCAGAUCAUUUAAACUCCCUGGUCAGCCCAUAGCUCAGAACCACCUUCCAAGGAAGGAGCCCUCUAUGGGCCGGCUGAGUUCCCCAGCGAGCAGCUGACCGUGCAGAGGAGCCGACCCAUGUGGGAGCUUCUUCUACAGGGAUCCACAGACAGCUCAGGACCUGGGCCCAUCCUUCCAGGCAACCCCAAGACGGAGGUGAAUUGUGUAUACAGAGAGAGCUAGAAGAAACCCCACUCAGGACGUGAAAAGAAGGGGUUCCACAUAUAAGUGUUUUAUAAAGUGUCCAUAGAAGUGCACAGAACACCUUCCGGCUUCUCCCCACUGCUUCUCUGGAAUUCCUUCAAUGUCAUGACUCCUGCCCCAACAGGUUGGGCUGGCCCCACCUGGAAAAAGGGAACCCUAUUGCCCCCACCUUCUCCCUGGCCUGCACUGUGUGUCUGUGUGGGGAGUGAGCCCGUCCGAUAGCCUGUCUGCUAGGAGUUAAAGGAAUGGGUACUGGCAAAGGGCCAACGCAUUCUUGGCCUCCGAGCAUGGCUUCUCUGUGAAUUCAUUAUGCCAACUGGCUGCCAACAGAGCUCAAAACUUGGAAGUCGUAAGACAAUGUUAUCUGGGAUUCGCCGUGCCCAGCACCCGGAAGUGCCAAAUUCCAGGAGGAUAAAAAAACCUUAGCCAAUGACAAUUCACCCUCCCCUGCUCCACCUCCUUUAAAGUCUAGCUCAGGCCCAGGAGAAGGGGGGAGGGUGCCUUCAGUCAUCCUGAGUCAGAGACCCUCUGAGAGCUUCCCUUGAGGACUCCAUGCAGUGGCUGUGAAUCUGAAGACCAGCCUCAGGACCCAGGGGGCCUGUUGAUUCAUGAUGGCCCGGAGCUGGUCAAGGCUCAGGAGAGAUCCGACAACAGGUCCGAGGGUCCACGUACUCACAGAGCCCACUGCAGAGGAGAGAUUGGAAACACAGGGCAGGGGGGAGACAGCAGAGAAAGCUUCGCCGCUGGAAUAUUUUGAAAGCAAGCACAAACAAGUUCACAUAGACCAUCGCUUCUGGACGUGGUGGUGGCAGAAAGAGGGGGCGAGAUAACAAAAGAAUCCAGAAUUUCAAUACCUUUGACUGUUCUUCUUGAUACGAACCUGUGAUGAUAUCGUUCCCGGGAGGCCCGGGCCUAUUGAGAUAUGUGUGUAAUUUAUUUAAUUUAAAUGCCGUUCUUCUUUUGUUCAUUUUGGUAAUAAAGUGGUUUUGAAAUGUGA